CGAUUUUGUUUCACAAAAUUCUCAUGGCCGAUUUUAAAAAUUCGCAAACUCAAAUUAAAGGAAAAAGUCCACCGUCCAAAAAGGCCGCAAAAACCACAUGCUUCAUCUAGACAAGCUCACCUUAAGCGCCCUAGAGAAAAAAAGCACCGACGAAAUGUCCAAACUCAAAUCGCGCGAAUCCGACUUACUAUCAUCCCCUGAACCUACAAUACUGAAUCCUGGUCCCGCUACUUACGGCCACUUCAGAAACUCCAGAUCUUUCGACAUGGCCGAUCUUUCCCAAGUAAUGCACGUCGCCAAUAGCGCUUUAGAACUCGCAAUCGCUACAAGAGCCUUCAAGGAUCGUCAAGGUCUGACAAACGAACAACUGGAAAUGGGUUACGUUAGCGAGGAUUUGAAACACACACCUUUAGGCCACGCUUGUGUCGAACCGCCGUUUUGUCCCAUGAUUCCGGACAGAUAUCGAAGGAUCGAUGGGGCUUGCAACAACGUUUUGCAUCCAACUUGGGGCGCUCCGUUUACGCCUUAUUCCAGAAUUUUGCCAGCCAGUUAUCACGACGGAGUUUGGUCACCGAGAGUUUCUGUAGUCGAUGAGGAACCACUUCCCAGUCCACGUCAGAUUAGUACUACUGUGAUAAGUGAUGUUGAUUCGCCGAAUCACGAUUAUACGUUGGCAGUACCACAAUUUGGACAAUUUUUGUCGCACGAUUUUACUCAUUCAAUGGAUAUGUCUUUCACAAAUGGCAGUGCCAUAGCGUGUUGUGAAUCAGACGGUAACAGUAUGCUGCCACCAGAAGCCACUCAUUACGCUUGUAUGCCUAUUCCAAUACCAGAAAACGACCCGUUUUUUUCGAGGUUCCAUCAACGUUGCAUGAAUUUCGUACGAACGAUAUUGGCGCCGUCUCAUGAAUGUUCUUUAGGUUAUGUUCAGCAGAUGAACAAAAUCACUCACUACAUUGACGUCUCUCAAGUGUACGGAUCGACUCCCGAACAAACUAGUGAACUCAGAAGCUUCCACGCUGGCAAACUCAAAGUGUUCUCGGACUACGGCAGAGAUUUGCCGCCGCUAGCUAAAGAUCCGGAGGCUUGUCUCACCAUGGAACAAGGCUCGGCGUGUUUCGAAUCGGGCGACACCAGAACCAAUCAAAUGAUCACUUUGGUCGUGAUGCACACGAUAUUUUUACGGGAGCACAACAGGCUGGCCACGGUGUUGGCUCAUUUAAAUCCGCACUGGAACGACGAUCAACUCUUUUUGGAGGCUCGGCAAAUUUUGAUUGCCGAAAUGCAAGUGAUUGUUUAUAAGGAAUUUUUACCCACUGUUAUAGGUAUGGAAGCUAUGGACGAUUUCGGUCUCCACCUGAAAAGAGGUGACAGAUACUCUGUAGACUACAAUCCGCAAGUCGAACCUUCAGUUACCAACGAAUUAUCUGCAGCUGCUUUCAGGUUCGGACAUUCUACUGUAGACGGUCAAUUGAAGCUCUACGGUCCCCAAAAAAUGGAAGAAGUAAUCGCAAUUCCAGAAGUCAUGUUCUACCCGGCCAGAAUGAGGCACCAAGAAUUCUUGGACGAAAUCCUUAGUACUUUAACCACUGAGCCGAUCCAAGACGUUGAUGGCUCUGUAACAGAUCAACUUACAAAGUACAUGUUCAGAGGAGGAAACCCAUUCGGAGUUGAUUUGGCGGCAAUCAACAUACAAAGAGGCCGAGACCACGGUCUUAGGCCUUACAAUGAUUAUAGGGAACUAACAGGAUUGCCACGCAUCAGGGAUUUUAGUGAAUAUGGACCUGAGUUAGGAGAAAAGUUGCGUUUAGUCUACAAAUCCCCUGACGACAUGGAUCUUUGGGUCGGAGGUCUUCUAGAAGAAAGAGCUCCAGGAAGUCUCGUAGGUCCAACAUUCAGAGACAUGAUCGCCGACCAAUUCGCUCGUUUGAAAAAAGGCGACAGAUACUUUUUCGAAAACGAUCCGUCCAUUAAUCCCGGACAUUUCACGAUGGAACAACUGCACGAAGUAAGAAAAGCCUCACUGUCUCGGAUAAUUUGCGACAACAGCGACAAAAGGCUGCUUUCCAGACAAGCGCGUAAUGCUUUUAGGAAACCGGGAGUGCCAGGAAACGAAUUUGUUGAUUGCCGAAGUCACGAAAUCCCAUCUUUGGAUCUUACACCUUGGCAAGAAUAAUUUGUUUGUGUUUUUAUUGUUAGAUUCUAUUUAUGUUUGUUUUGAAUUAUUAUUUAUCAAAUUUUGUUGAUUUUAUAUACUUAUUUAAUAAAGUGUUUUAUAUUUACAUUAA